UCCCGUAGGCUCGAAAGGACAAACCAUCACCUGUGGUCAAGUGAAUAGGUCCCAUAGUGUUUUGCUAUUACAAGCAAGUGUUAAAUAUUGUCGUUUGGUGAGCAUGCUAGACAAAUUACUUCCUAACAGUAAGAUUUGCAUCUUGAGUGGUGCCGUCCAGAAUUUGCAACUUAAGAGGGAGUUGUGGAAAGUCGAACCCUCAACAACCGCAAAAAAUUGCAAGAACUUGAUCAGGGAGAUUGUCGAAGGUCUCAAUUUACAGCCAAAUCCGGAAAAACCGGUUAUUGCUUUGUCUCUAGGAGAUCCGACCAUCUACGGCAACCUUAAACCGUCCGCAGAAACAACCAAAGCGGUGCUCGACGUCCUCUACGAAGGUCUGUGCAACGGAUACGCGCCGAGUGUUGGCUACGAGGCAGCUCGAGCAGCUGUAGCUGAGUACCUCAGCUAUGAUGGAGCCGUCUACCAAUCCACAGACAUCGUGCUAUGCAGCGGCUGUUCUUCAUCCCUGGAUAUUUGCAUUGCCGCUUUGGCAGAUGCGUCCCGAGGCCAGAACAUCCUCAUUCCGAGGCCUGGAUUCGCGAUCUAUCGGACGCUGGCGGAGUCCAUGGGAGUCGAGCCGAGGUAUUAUAACUUGAACCCCGAGAAUCACUGGGAAGCAGAUCUGGAACAUUUGGAGGCGCAAAUUGACCAAAAAACCGCUGCAGUGAUUUUGAAUAAUCCGUCCAAUCCGUGCGGCUCGAAUUACAGCGAGGAACAUCUUAGGAACUUCCUAGAAGUGGCCCGAAGGCACAGACUUCCGGUGAUUGCAGAUGAAAUCUAUGAGCGCCUGGUAUAUCCUGGGAAAAAGUUUAUUUCAACAGCCGCAUUGUCUUCGGAAGUACCCAUUUUAGUAUGCGGAGGUUUAGCCAAGAGAUUCUUGGUCCCAGGCUGGAGGCUAGGAUGGAUUGCUGUGCAUGACCCCAUUGGGGCUUUUGAGCACAUCCGGAAAUCCUUGGCUAGUCUCAGUCAGAGGACUAUUGGAAGCAACACUUUGAUACAAGGUGCAAUACCGGCCAUCCUUCAAAACACCCCUCAAUCAUUCCAUGACGGCCUGGCUAAAACUUUGGCCCUUCACGCGGAUAUUGCUUUCGAGCGUUUCAGCCAAAUUCGCGGAUUGACCCCCUUCAGACCCGAGGGAGCCAUGUACAUGGUGGUGGAGAUCAGUCUCAGGCACUUUCCCAAAUUCACUAGUGGCCUAGACUUUGCGGUCCAAAUGAUGAGGGAAGAGUCAGUCUUCUGUUUGCCCGGAGAGUGCUUCCAGAUUCCCGGCUUUCUGAGGAUUGUGCUGACUGUUCCGCUGCAAAGCCUCGAAGAGGCAUGCGAUAGGAUUGAGGAGUUUGGCCACCGCCACUACGUCGAGUAGGCCGUUGAAUAAAAUAUGUUUAGUUCUAGUGAUUUUCCAACACUUUUAAGUGUAAUUACUGCUUGUUUAAUAAACACAUCACUUACGGCAA